AUGAGAGUCGGGAUCCCGCAUGCUAGUGAAGACUUAGCAGCUAAUUCGACGCGACAGACGAACACUCGUCCAGACGGACAUACACCUAUAAUAGCGUUCAAUCACGGGUGCAUUAGGAAGUACCUCGGUUGGCGAUCGAGGCGAUCGGACGCUGCUCGAGUUUCAGCAAGCAUAGUAAUAAGGUUCAAAAGAGCGUGUCCAGACCCAAAGGUGGUCGUCGGAUCUGGGGCUCUCGCCGCCGCAAGUUAUGGCGGCGACUGUGACAGGGCUUACGCAACCGGCUCAAUUGACCCCGAUGUGAGCGGGGCCGCACCUCCCCUCCCCCCUCUUCACCCUCGCCCCCGUCUCCAUCCAACCAUCGCCACUUUACGAAUUGAAAAGGUUCAAAGAAACGAGUUCGGCGUGGACGCACCAAGUGGAGCGGGCGGCGAGGAAGCCCACAAUUGGACGAUUAACGCGCGGCGACUUCAAAGCGGCCGC